UCUGUACCCUGCCUAUCUGGAUCACGUGGCGGGUCCUAUAAAUGGGCGUGUCUACGGCAGGCUGUCACUUCCUGGUUGCACGCGCCUGAGGAGCCGCAGCCGCAGUGAGUUCGGUUCUGUUCAGACCCAGAAUAUGAACCCAGAGCCUUCAUCUGGACCAGAUCCACAACGCACCAUCACACACCUGGACUGGGUCUAGGACCACUGAGUCCUGGAUCAGGUCGGUGAUCGUCUGGACUGGGUCUAGGACCACUGAGUCCUGGAUCAGGUCUGUGAUCGUCUGGACUGGGUCUAGGACCACUGAGUCCUGGAUCAGGUCUGUGAUCGUCUGGACUGGGUCUAGGACCACUGAGUCCUGGAUCAGGUCUGUGAUCGUCUGGACUGGGUCUAGGACCACUGAGUCGUCCUUCUUCUGGUCUGAGAUGUUUUCCUUCAGUUAUAAAGUUCUCGUUGGAGCCACAGUGACGGGUCUGCUCCUGGGGUUGCUCUACGUCUCCCAGUUGCACAGGUCAUGGUCUGAUUCUGGAUCUGGUCCUGAGUCUGGUCCUGGGUCUGGGUCUGGGUCUGUUUCUGGAUCCAUGUCUGGUUCUGGGUCUGGAUCUGUUUCUGGAUCUGGUCCCGGGUCUAGAUCUGGAUCUGGUUCUCAGGACCCCUCAGUGAACCCUGGAUGCGAGUUCCAUCUGGAGGAUCCAGAACAUCUGAUCUACCACCAGCCCAGCAUCACACAGGGGCGGACUGACGUGGUCUCCGUCACCCCCUGGUUGGCCCCGGUGGUGUGGGAGGGGACCUUCGACCCCGUCCUCAUGGACAGUAUCUACAAACCCAAGAACAUCACUGUCGCUGCCACCGUAUUUGCCGUUGGAAAGUACACCAUGUUCCUGAAGGACUUCCUGGAGACGGCUGAGGAGCACUUCUUCGUUGGUUUCAGAGUGCACAUGUACGUGUUCACCGACCAGCCCCAAGACGUGCCCUCAGUUAAGAUGGCCGCCGGCAGACAGCUGACGGUGCGUUCAGUGCCCAGUUCCCGGCGUUGGCAGGAGAUCUCGGCUCGUCGGAUGGAGCUGAUCCAGAACCUGAUCCAGGACCAGCUGUGGAACUCCGCCCACUUCAUCUUCUGUCUGGACGUGGACUCCAAGUUCCACGGACACUGGGGGGCGGAGUCCCUGGGGGGUCUGGUGGGCGUGGUCCAUCCAGGUUACUACAGGGACGAUCGCAGCAGGUUUCCGUACGAACGCAGACCAGAGUCCAGGGCCUUCAUCCCACAUGGACAAGGAGACUUCUACUACUGCGGGGGGGCCUUCGGAGGAACCCUGGACCAGGUCCGGCUGCUGGCCCAGACCUGCAGGACCAACUUUGAAGACGACGCCAAAGACGGAAUAGAGGCCGCCUGGCAAGAGGAGAGUCACCUGAACAGGUACAUGUGGGUCAAUAAACCCACUAAGGUCCUGUCUCCAGAGUACCUGUGGCAGGACUUCAAACCCCGGAACCCAGAGGUCCGCGUUGUACGCUUCUCUGGGGUCGUCAAGAACUACGCCGCCAUCCGACCCAACGUCUGACGGACCAGACCGGACCGGACCAGUCUGGAAUGGACUGGAACAGCACAAAAGGACCGGACUGGACCGGACCACCAUGGACCAGAUCAGACUGUAAUAAACUGGACCAGAUCUCUAAGAGCUGAACCAGAAUAUAACCAACCACGUCCAUAUAUUAGUCCAAGCCCUUCCUCCUGAUAUGAUCUGAAUCUGAUCUGAAUGUGAUCUCAGUCUGUAUCUUGUGUAAAACCAUCUGAACUGAAUCCACCGUCAGAACUCAAAACCACUGAAUAUGUGAUGAAAUAAAGGUUGAAGUUCUGUGACUCCUA